AUGUCCUCCAGGCGGGCUAAUAUGUGGGAGCACCCGGCUGUCACGUUAGUGAACCGUCCUCAAUUCGUUUCCGACACUGUUGUGGAACCCUACAAUGCCACUCUGUCAGUGCACCAGCUGGUGGAGAAUACGGAUGAAACGUUCUGUAUUGAUAACGAGGCACUGUAUGACAUAUGUUUCCGCACUUUGAAACUGACCAAUCCAACCUAUGGAGACUUGAACCAUCUGGUUAGCGCCACCAUGUCUGGAGUGACUACCUGCUUACGAUUUCCCGGUCAGCUGAAUGCGGAUUUACGCAAGCUGGCGGUGAACAUGGUGCCAUUCCCUCGGUUGCACUUCUUCAUGCCUGGUUUCGCACCUCUCACAAGUAGAGGAAGCACGCAGUAUCGGGCUGUCAGCGUACCCGAACUCACUCAGCAGAUGUUCGAUUCGAAGAACAUGAUGGUUGCCUGUGAUCCUCGUCAUGGCCGAUAUCUGACGGUGGCUGCUAUGUUCCGUGGACGAAUGUCGAUGAAGGAGGUGGACGAGCAGAUGUUGAAUGUGCAGAACAAGAACUCCAGCUACUUCGUCGAAUGGAUCCCGAACAAUGUGAAGACAGCUGUUUGUGAUAUUCCACCACGCGGUUUGAAGAUGUCAGUGACUUUCUUGGGUAACAAUACUGCCAUCCAGGAGCUGUUCCGACGCAUUUCGGAGCAGUUCACCGCUAUGUUCCGGCGUAAGGCAUUUUUGCAUUGGUACACUGGUGAGGGUAUGGACGAGAUGGAGUUCACGGAAGCUGAGUCAAACAUGAAUGAUUUGGUAAGUGAGUAUCAACAAUACCAAGAUGCCACGUUGGAUGAUGAGAAUGAUUUCGGCGAAGAGGCUGACGAGGAGGCUUGA